AUGACUAAGAAAUCCCGGCCUCUCGACGCGGCCGAACUAGCCGACGCUUCGAUCACUGCUGCGCUUGUCGUGGCCCUUCUAGCUGCUGGCCGGGUGCUGGCCUCGGGCAGCCUGUUUCAGGUGUUUGCCGCGUUCGUCGUGGCUGUGCUUGCGGCACGCCGACGCACCCGCGCCGUCGUCAUCGCCACCAGCGCCGCUGCCUCUAUCGCUCUGAUUCUGGGCGGGCUCGGACCAGUCAGCCAAGCCGCGCUCGCGGGCGUAUUCGGCUGGUGCGGCGGCGUAUCGCUGCGUCGAGAAUGGGGACGAAUUCGCACCGUGGCCUUCUCGCUACUGGUGGCCUGGCCAGCCAUGGCGUUCAGCGUGCUGUUCCUCUUCCCAGCAAUUGCGCUCAACGCCAAACUGCGCACGUUGGUUUUCGACAAUGUCGAGAACCAAGCAAAGGGCAUUGGGAACGUCCUUGGGGGCGUGGGCUGGCUCGUCGAUGCGCCGGUCUGGUUUAUUGGCGGCCUGUUCGGGCUCCAGGACUUCACGUUCUUCCGCGACGUAGCCGAUGUGGUGGGCGAUGCCUUGAUCAGCAUCGGGGACUUCCUGAUCGAGAAUUGGCUGCUGCUCAUUCCGGCCACCGAAUUCGUCUACACGGUUAUCUACGCGUUGGCCGUUCGUGGCGUGGGUGGGGCGAUCUUGCGGCGCCUUGACCAAGCAUUGGUUGAGCCGGUCGGCCUGUCCCUACAGCCGGGCGAACAUGCCAAUCCCCUGCCCAUCCACAUUGCCGGAACAGCUCUCAAGCGCAACGGCACGACGGUGACGUUGCCAUUGCAGAUCGACAUCACCCCAGGCGAGCACGUGGUGGUCGAAGGACCAAACGGGGCGGGCAAAUCGACACUGCUCGAUGCCCUGGGAGGAACUGCCCGAGUCGGCCAGCGUCCCGAGGCCCAGGUUGUGGGCACAACCGUCGACGAAGACUUGCGCUGGGGCCUCGACACCCCGGUAGACAUCACCGCCACGCUCGCCGACGUCGGCUUGAGUUUGCCGCACGAUCGUCCUACCAGUGAGCUCUCUGGCGGUGAGCUUCAACGCCUCGCCCUGGCAUCUGCACUUCGACGAGAACCCAAACUGCUUCUGGCCGACGAGGUCACCUCGAUGCUCGACCCCGAGGAGCAGAACCGCAUCACCGACCGGCUCAACGGGCUAACCAACACCACCGUGGUACGCACCACUCACCGAAACGAUGCUGCCCCUACCGAUCGGCGCAUCGUCUUGGCGUCAGCAAACCCAGAGCCAACAAUCGUGGCACCCAGCGAAAACCAGCUGCGCACCAUUUCAUCAUCGGUCACCGAGUCACGACUUCUGCGGCUACGAGAUGUCGGCUUCACCCACAACCCGACACAACCGUGGGCACACGACGUCUUGACCGGCAUCGACCUGUCGAUCCACCGCUAUGAGAUGCUCAUGAUUGAAGGCCGCAACGGCAGCGGCAAGACCACACUCGCCCGCAUCCUUGCCGGCCUCGCGGAGCCAACGGCCGGCCAGAUCGACGAGGCAAAGGGCCUGAAGCGAGCGCUCGCCCAUCAACACGUUCGGCUGCAGCUACUUCGCCCAACCGUGCACGCCGAACUGCACUCGCUCGCCGGCGUGCGCACCGACGGUACCGAGCCGCCCACUGAAGUCGAGCGCCACACAAUGCGGGCCGCGAAUUUGGACACCACCAUCGAUCUGUUCGCUCUUGAGCAUUUACUCGGGCGACGCAUCGAUGAACUCAGCGGCGGCGAGCAACGGCGAGUCCUGCUGGCUGGCCUCGUUGCCCGAGGAGUGUCCCUGUUGGUUCUCGACGAGCCGCUAGCGGGUCUGGAUGCUGGCGGCCGCACCGAGCUCGCGCUCACCCUUGAUCGCGUUCGACUCGCGGGCACUUCGAUCGUCGUAGUGAGCCAUGACAUCGAAUGGGCACCGUCACAUGUCGACCAGCGACUCCGGCUUGCCAAUGGUCGCGUCGAGGCGGUCCGACCAUGA